AUUCUGACAAAAACAUCUGUUAAAAAAAUAUGGCUGCUUGUAGUGUGGAUGCUGUCAUUAUUUGCAAACUCUUAAAUCACUUUAAAAAGUUAUAAACAGUGUUAGUGAAAAAUCUAAUUUAUAGCAAGUGAAAAUAUUCAGUAUUACGUGUAUCGAAAAAUGUGGAAAAAUUUACUUCUUAUAGUACCACUAUUUUUAAUAUUUAUAUCACAAUGCGAGGCCCAAUCUUAUGAUGAUAAAAGAUGUAAAUGUAUUUGUCCAAAUCUUGCAGCUGUCCUUAAUAUUACAGAUUCUUCAAAAAUUCGUUCGAAUUUCAUUUCGAACGUAACGCCAAAUCAUUGUAAUUGUAAAGAUGCAGUUUUAAAUCAUCUUGGCGAUAAAAUAAAAGGAAAAGAACAACUAGUUUGUCCUAGGUGUGAUUGUAAAUAUGAAAAUAGAAACACUACUAUUAUUAAAAUUGUAGUAAUUAUUGUAAUAUGGGUGAUAUCGCUAUUAGUAAUUUAUAUGCUGUUUUUAAUAUGCUUGGAUCCUCUACUUAAUAAGAGAUUACCAAAAGCUGGAGCUGGUUAUCAGGAACAUAAUAACGAAGAGGAUGAUACAUCAGCACCUGGAAUGUCUCAUCCAAUGGGUGUUAGGGGCAAUGUUUUAAAUCGUGUUGGACAUCAACAGGACAAAUGGAAACGACAAGUCAGAGAGCAGAGACGUAAUAUUUACGAUCGACAUACAAUGUUAAAUUAAAUAAUUAAUUUUUACUGACUUGAAGGGAGGAAAAAAAAAGGAAGUACGUCUCGCGAAUACAAAGCAUUUCCAGUCUUCUGACUUGUCUCUUUAUAUAUAUAUGUAUACAUACUCAAAUAUUUAAGUCCGUUAAUUUAGUUCGUAAAUGUAUAAAUAUAUAUUUUUUAAGGUAAUGAUUAUUGAAAAUAAAUGUAUAUGUCUAUAGAGUA